AAUGCAUCACAACGUUGUUUGCCAACCGCCAAUAAACGUCAAAAGAAGAAGAAGAAGCGCGUCACUUCCCGGUUCUGCAUCUGACGUGUCGAAAACAGUUUAACACUGGUAGUGGAUUUUACUCGUGGGGGAUUUAUUUUCUGUUGAAGUAUUAUCUGAUACGUGGUGGCAAGAUGCUAGAUUUCUUCACCAUCUUCAGCAAAGGAGGGAUAGUGUUGUGGUGUUUUCAGGGAGCCGGGGUCUCUGAAUCCUUCACUGGGCCUGUCAACGCUUUGAUCCGCUCCGUGAUCCUCCAGGAGCGAAGUGGGAACAAUUCCUUUACUCAUGAGGCCCUGAGUCUUAAAUACAAACUCGACAAUGAGUUCGAGUUGAUAUUUGUGGUGGGUUUUCAAAAGAUCCUGACGCUGACGUAUGUGGACAAGUUCAUAGAUGACGUUCAGCUCCAUUUUAGAGAUCGUUAUAAGAAUGAACUGGAGCAAAAGGGUGCUUUGAAGCUUCUCAACCAUAACUACGAAUUCGAGGAUGACUUCAAGAUGCUUCUUAGGGAGGCGGAGAACAGCAGCAAAGCGCGUAGCCCCGCCCCUAUGCGGACUUUUAAGGAGUCCGAGAAAUCCCAAAAAACUGUGAAGUCAAUGAUUGAGACAAAGAGUGGGGAAAAAGGCAAGGAACAGGGUGGCAAGAAGAAUAAAAAUACCAAAAAGGAGGCUCCUGCAGCUGAGCCUGUCAAAGUGGAUCAAAGCAAGACCUCAUCCUCUACGCAGAAGAUGGUUGAGAAUGGUAACCAGGGCUUGUCCCCUGAUGAGAUCAUGCAGAAGAAGCGAGAAGAAUUUUUUCGCAAGCGCAUGGGGGUAACUACUGAAAAACCAAGUAAGUCCCCAAGGCCUCAGAAGUCUAAGGAGAAACAAAUGCGUGUUUGGGACAUGGGUGGUAGCAGCACCAAGGACCUGGACUACAGUGAAAAGAAUGGAGACAGUUCCCCAAAUGGUGGUGAACAGAACCAGGAAGCACAAAUAGACCUGGGGAUGCCGCUAAGCUCCAUGAAGGGUGACCUGCAGUCUGUGGACUAUGAGUCCAGUGAGGAAGAGGAAAUGGAGGAGGAAGAGGAGAGAGUGGUUAUCAGUGAAACAAGCAAGACAAGCUCCAAAAAGGGUGGCGGUUUUGGGGGCAUGUUUGGGAUGCUGAAGGGCCUUGUGGGGUCCAAGAGCCUAUCCCGAGAGGACAUGGAGCCAGUACUGGAUAAGAUGAGGGACCACCUCAUCGCAAAGAAUGUAGCAGCCGAAAUUGCCUCCCAGCUCUGUGACUCUGUAGCCAAAAAACUGGAGGGCAAAGUCAUGGGCACAUUCACCACUGUGGCCUCAACUGUAAAGCAGGCCCUGCAGGACUCGCUGGUGCAGAUCCUGCAGCCCAAACGAAGGGUGGAUAUUCUGAGAGAUGUCAUGGAGGCGCAGAGCCAGCGGAGGCCUUUUGUCAUUACUUUUUGUGGAGUGAAUGGGGUUGGAAAGUCCACCAACCUGGCUAAGAUCUCUUUCUGGCUGAUAGAGAACGGUUUCACUGUGCUGAUCGCAGCCUGUGACACGUUUCGUGCUGGGGCUGUGGAGCAGCUCCGCACACAUCAGCGCCGCCUCAACUCUUUGCAUCCGCCAGAGCAGCACGGAGGACGGUUGGUAGUCCAGCUCUAUGAGAAGGGCUACGGGAAGGAUGCUGCUGGAAUUGCCAUGGAGGCCAUUGCCUAUGCCCGCAACCAGGCCUUUGACGUGGUGCUAGUGGACACUGCUGGGCGUAUGCAGGACAAUGCCCCGCUGAUGACAGCCCUGGCCAAACUAAUCGCAGUCAACAUGCCCGACCUAGUGCUGUUUGUGGGGGAAGCUCUGGUGGGAAACGAGGCAGUUGACCAGCUGGUGAAGUUCAAUCAGGCUCUGGCAGACCACUCCAUGUCUGACAAGCCUCGGCUCAUUGAUGGGAUUGUUCUCACUAAGUUUGACACCAUCGAUGACAAGGUUGGUGCAGCCAUCUCCAUGACUUACAUCACAGGCCAGCCUAUUGUGUUUGUAGGCACAGGGCAGACGUACAACGACCUGCGCAGCCUCAACGCCCGUGCUGUGGUCAGUGCCCUGAUGAAGGCUUAAAUGGCUGCAUGUUCUGCUGUUUAUUCAUCAUCUCAACAAAGCCAACAAAACCUUUGCCAUGCCGCCGUGAAAUGUUCCAGCCCUGCUAACCUGCGUAUCUCGUCCUCGUGUCCUGCCCUCUCUACUUUGCCUCAAGUGAACUCAUGCACAAGACAAGUGCGCACUAUGAAAGACAGAUCAUUUUGCUACAAAGUCAGAGGAGCCUCCCUUUGCAUCAUUUCUACUUUAUGGCCUAUGUUGAAAGGUACCUCAGAUCAGCUUGAGAUUAGAAAUAAUGAAGUCACAUUCAAAUGACAUUUUUGCUGCCGAAAAGGACCUAGGAUGUAAAUGUCAAUUUACUGGUUUAUACAGUAAAAACUAAAAACGAAAAAAACUCCUACCUGGCAUUCUGUCAGUCAGUUUUCCAUUCUUCAUGUUAAUGAGGUCAGGUUGUGAAGGCUUGCUGGAUAUGACAUUUCAGUAGCUGCCUGUGCCUGAGGAAAGCUUAAUGACCAUAGUGCCUAUCUGUCUCCAUUUUUUUUUUUAUUAAGUUAACACUUUUACUACAUGUGUGAUUAUUCAUCAAGAGUACUAUGGCAGUUCGUGUCAGAAAUCCUCUAGUUUUGAAAAGCAGUCUGAAUACGUUUACAUUUGUGCAUGAAGUGGGCCUGAACAUCAGCACAUACAGAUUAGGUGUUGUACUCCUGUCAAAAAUACAUAAAAAAAAAAAACCAAAUCCUCCUGAAAUAGUGAAGACCAGGCUCAGUCGAGACUGAUUGUUUGUAAGAUGGGGCAGUAUGUCAUCUCCUGAACAUUAACACAUGUGCUACACUAGUUACCUCUGCCACUGAGAAAGUGACCUCCCAGAGAUCCCCACCUCCACUGUUAACACAUUGUCAUCACAAAAUGGAGACUUUUAUUUCUGAGUUUAUUAGUUGAUGAUAAGCAGAAAGAUAUUUUGUUAAGACAACUGAGUUUUAUUUGUUGCAGGUCAUCUGUAGAUUUUCAGACUUUUUCAGACACCUUUUGUGUGGUCAUUUGAACUUCUUUGGCCCUUAAUUUGCCCACCCCCGAUUUAAUGUUCAUGUGUUAGAAAAAAAUAUAAGUCUUAAAUAUUUCAAGCCCCCUUUAAUUUGUGGUAGUGCAAUAUGAGAGAAUUAAGAGUUCUACAGAAAAUCUGAGCUAAUUUAUGAGAAUGUAAACAUUUCUAAAUAAAGCUGCUAUAUGCUAUGACAGCCUGUACGGUG